ACAAGUAGGAAGAAGCCAGUGAGUGCACGACACCGGCAAAGAGAAGCGGGAGCGGGAGCCGCUGCGCGUCCGUGGGGACCGUGGCCUCCGCCUCGGAGCAGCAGCAAGGCGGGACGGGCGAGGGGCGAGACCCUCGGGCCUAGAGCCGCCCAGCCUGCCCUGCCGUCUCCUGGUGCGCCGGACCCCCGCGGCAGUCACCUGGGCGGCAGGGACCUGUCCCCGCACCUGGAAGCCGGCGCGGACGGCACCGUCCCUCGGCCGACAGCGUCUCCAAGGCCCCCCUUGGGGUGAAUCGUCGCCGCCGCCUUGUGCCGGCCCCCCGGAGCCAGCGGCCGCCGGCACCUCCGAGGAGUAGGAGGAGGGGGCGGCCAUGGGGCUGCUGUCCCAGGGCUCUCCGCUGAGCUGGGAGGAGACCAAGCGCCACGCCGACCACGUGCGGCGGCACGGGAUCCUCCAGUUCCUGAACAUCUACCACGCCGUCAAGGACCGGCACAAGGACGUGCUCAAAUGGGGCGACGAGGUGGAAUACAUGUUGGUAUCUUUCAAUCACGAAAAUAAAAAAGUCCAGUUGGUCCUGUCCGGGGAGCAAGUCCUUGAAACGCUACAAGAGCAAGGGGAAAGGACAAACCCAAACCACCCCACCCUUUGGAGACCAGAGUACGGGAGUUACAUGAUUGAAGGGACCCCUGGACAGCCCUAUGGAGGAACCAUGUCCGAGUUCAACACCGUGGAAGACAACAUGCGAAAGCGCCGGAAGGAGGCCUCUUCUCUCUUGGGAGAAAAUCAGGCUCUUUGCACAAUAACGUCGUUUCCCAGAUUAGGCUGUCCUGGGUUCACACUGCCGGAGUACAAACCCAACCCAGUCGAAGGCGGAGCUUCCAAGUCACUCUUCUUUCCAGAUGAAGCCAUAAACAAGCACCCCCGCUUCAGUACCCUAACGAGAAAUAUACGGCAUAGGAGAGGAGAGAAGGUGGCCAUCAACGUGCCAAUAUUUAAGGACAAGAACACACCAUCUCCAUUUAUAGAAUCAUUUCCCAAGGAUGAGGAGACAGCAAAGGCUUCUAAGCCAGACCAUAUUUACAUGGACGCCAUGGGAUUUGGAAUGGGCAACUGUUGUCUCCAGGUGACAUUCCAAGCCUGCAGCAUAUCUGAGGCCCGAUACCUUUAUGAUCAGUUGGCCACAAUCUGCCCAAUUGUUAUGGCUCUCAGCGCUGCGUCUCCUUUUUACCGAGGCUACGUGUCUGACAUUGAUUGUCGCUGGGGAGUGAUUUCUGCAUCUGUAGACGACAGAACUCGGGAGGAGAGAGGCCUGGAGCCACUGAAGAACAGUAAAUAUAGGAUUAGUAAAUCACGAUAUGAUUCAAUAGACAGCUACUUGUCCAAGUGUGGCGAGAAGUAUAAUGACAUUGACUUGACGAUAGAUAAAGAAAUCUACGAUCAGCUGUUAAAGGAAGGCAUCGAUCAUCUCCUGGCCCAGCAUGUGGCUCAUCUCUUCAUCAGAGACCCCUUGACUCUGUUUGAGGAGAAAAUACACCUGGAUGAUGCUAAUGAGUCUGACCAUUUUGAGAAUAUUCAGUCCACAAAUUGGCAGACAAUGAGGUUUAAGCCGCCUCCUCCAAACUCAGAUAUUGGCUGGAGAGUGGAAUUCCGACCCAUGGAGGUUCAGCUAACUGACUUCGAGAAUUCUGCCUAUGUGGUGUUUGUGGUGCUGCUCACCAGGGUGAUCCUCUCAUACAAACUGGAUUUUCUCAUUCCACUGUCCAAGGUUGAUGAGAACAUGAAAGUAGCGCAGAAACGAGAUGCUGUCCUGAAGGAGCUGUUUUAUUUCAGGAAGGAUAUUUGCAAAGGUGGCAAUGCAGUGGUGGACGGGUGUGGCAAGGCGCAGAGCAGCACGGAGCCGGAGGCGGAGGAGUACGCGCUCAUGAGCAUUGACACGAUCAUCAACGGGAAGGAAGGUGUGUUUCCUGGGCUCAUCCCCAUCCUGAAUUCCUACCUUGAGAACAUGGAGGUGGAUGUGGACACCAGAUGUAGCAUUCUGAACUACCUGAAGCUGAUUAAGAAGAGAGCAUCUGGAGAACUGAUGACGGUUGCCCGGUGGAUGCGGGAGUUCAUCGGGAGCCAUCCUGACUACAAGCAGGACAGUGUCAUCACCGAUGAAAUGAACUACAGCCUUAUUUUGAAGUGUAACCAAAUUGCCAAUGAAUUGUGUGAAUGCCCAGAGUUAUUGGGGUCCACCCUUAGGAAAGCAAAGUAUAGUGGAAGCAAAACCGACCCUUCCAUCUAGACCUUCUCUAGAAGAACUAUAGGUCGCUGCUCCAUUGAAGAAAUGACUGCAGGACCAUGAUGUUCACGUGUAUGGUGUGGAGACCAAAUACUAGAACUGGACCAGUUCCUGGGCCAGAAAUGGACUUUCUUCAGUAGGCAGAUCUUUAUCUGAGUUUAUACAGUAUACAUGUACAUAGUAAAGUAUUUUUAUGAUUAACAAUGUAUUUUAAUAACAUUGUAUCUAAAGUCUAUGUGAACUGGCUUGUACAUUUUUGAAUUCUUACUCUGGAGCAAAUACUGUGGAAGCAGUGCUAUAAAAUGUACUCACGAUUGCAUUCCGGGGUUUAAAAUGUUUACUGUAAAUUUUUUGUUCCUUUAAAGACUACCGGGGGCCUGAUUCACUGAGAUUUCCCACAUAGGAAGACUUGCUCAUGCUUUGAGUGGUCUCCUGGGCUGUGAACACAAACUCGGCGAACUUCAGGUGGAGGGGCUCCAGGACUCACCUGGUCCCCACUCCUCACCUGGGCCGUGUCUUUGGCAGCUGGAGUAGCUGACCUCGGGACCAAACAAAACCCACUGGUCUCCGAUGGCAGUUGCGAAAGGGCAUCUCCUUCUUGUGUGACUUCGCUAACUCGGGUCUUAAAAGAUAGCUUUGUAAGAGGAAGAGAAUUAUCUGUAAUGAUUAUCAAUCAUUCUUUCCAUGCAUACUGUCCAAAAUGACAUCCACUCUUCUGGGUCUGAUUGCCACAGUCUGCUUAAAGAUCAAAAGUAGUUGCUGAAGUUCUGGGGGUUUUUUGAUUGUGUUUUUUAGUUGCUCUUUCUCUGGUUCCCAGUUUCCAUAUUGGACUUCCUUCUAAAAGCCAUUCACUCCAGACCGCCCCUGGAGAGCAUUCUGCCUAGAGCUUACCUUCUCGGUGAAACUCAGAAAUCAUGAAAUGCACUAAGUGUUGUGAAUCAGGACCCUAAAUGUUCUAAUUGUAAAUAAUUUGUUUUAAAUAGUUGUUACAGCUUUGUGUUGAAGCUCCCCCCCUCAAUUAAACAGUCUUAACUGCUUCUAAAAAUAACUGUAUUAUACAUUAUGCAAACCUUAGCAGACCUAAAUAUUUAAACUCUAAUGCUAAUUUUAAAAGAUUGCAAUAAAGUUACUU